ACCCUCGCAAGACUCCAUUGCUUUCAGUUACGGAAAAAGUUAGCUAGCUAGGUGUGUUGACAUUGAGAGGGGUAUCAUUAAUCUGACUAUCGUUCUCUUUUACAAGAAAGGAACACCAUCACCAUGUUGACCACCGCAAAGCGUCUCGCCGACUUCGGAUACCGGGGGUUUUCUGCCUCGAUGAUGCUGUUGACACUCUACGGGGGAUACCUGUGUACCAUGCGGGGAUACCGCUACAUGAACAAGCAAAAAGAGCUGCAGGUAGCGGCAGAAAACCAAGACGUGGAAGCCCUCAAGCCAUAGAGGACUGGAACUGGAUAGUUUGUCCACAAAAUCAUGGACAUUUCUGUUCCUCCCAUGGGACUUUUAUGUGAUAACUGUAUUUGGGUGUGGAAGUUUUGUGUGCCCAGAAGAGUAAAGGAGAAUCUACUCUUCAUUUGCUGUCAACUUCAUCCUUUGUCUGCUAAAAGGAGAGUGGGCAGAGGACUGGAGUUGACUGAAAAAUGAGUUGACCCCUUCCAGCUUAAACUAAAUGUCAAAUCUGUCUCCUAUCAUAACUCUCUCAGGACACACUGAAUCACGGUUUGUGUGGUGGGAUAUUCAAAGUUAUGUUACAACCAUUAAUAUGAAUAAAAACAUCUCUAAUAUGAAUUAAAACAUCUUACACAAAUAAA